UGCCUUUUUACAUGUCUUUACAUCUUAAUUCCAGAUAAACCGCCACCAUGAUCACCGAUAUCCAACUGGCCGUGUUCUCGAACAUUCUGGGAGUCUCAAUUUUCUUAUUGGUCAUCCUGUACCACUACAUCAAUGCUAACAGUUCCAAAUAGGUAAGGC